GCGGGUCACGUGGGCGCCGCUCCAUGGCGGCGGCGGCGAAGCGGCUCAAGGUGGCUGCUGAGAGCAGCCCCGCCGAGGCGGGCGGCGUCGAUCCCGUCCGCGGCUUGCUGGCGUGGUGCGAGAAGGUUGGCUUGGAGCUCAGCCCCAAGGUCUGCGUGAGCAGGGAGCGCACCGUGGCAGACUACGGCAUGUUGGCCACCGCGGAUCUCCAGGUGGGAGAGGUCCUCUUCACCAUCCCUCGUGCUGCACUGCUGUCCCAGUACACCAGCUCUAUCCAGCCCCUCUUGCAGGAAGCCCGAGAGUCACUGCAGAGCCAGUCUGGUUGGGUUCCUCUCCUUCUGGCCCUACUACAUGAAUAUACAACCAGCAACUCCUACUGGCAGCCUUAUUUCUCACUCUGGCAGGACUUCAGGAGCUUGGAUCACCCCAUGUUCUGGCCUGAAGAGGAGAGAAAAAGGCUUUUGCAGGGCACAGGCAUCCCAGAAGCAGUAGACAAGGACCUAGUUAACAUCCAACUGGAGUACAACUCCAUCAUCCUGCCCUUCAUAGAGUCCCACCCUGACAUCUUUGACCCCAAGCUGCACACGCUGGAGUUGUACAAGGAACUGGUGGCAUUUGUCAUGGCCUACAGCUUUCAGGAGCCUCUGGAAGACGAUGAAGACGAGAAGGGGCCCAACCCUCCAAUGAUGGUGCCAGUAGCAGACAUCCUGAAUCACGUAGCCAACCACAAUGCCAACCUGGAGUAUGCUCCGAAAUGUUUACGGAUGGUCACAACACAACCCAUCAGCAAAGGACAAGAGAUCUUCAACACGUACGGACAGAUGGCCAACUGGCAGCUCCUACACAUGUAUGGCUUUGCAGAGCCAUACCCUGGCAACACCAAUGACACGGCUGACAUCCAGAUGGUGACAGUGCGCAAAGCGGCACUGCGGCGUGCCAAAAGUGAAGCAGAGCAGCAGCUGGUCUCAGAGCAGUGGGACUUCCUAUGCCAGCUGGAAAUGGUUGGGGAGGAAGGUGCCUUUGUGCUUGGCUGGGAUGAGGUGCUUACAGAGGAGGAGCUGUCCAUGACCCUGAAGGUGCUGUGCAUGUCAGAAGAAGAAUUCCAGGAAUACAAGGAACAAGAUGGCUGGGAAGAUGACACUGAGGAGGAGGAGAACUCAAUCCUUUCUAACGAAGCUCUCUCUCGACUUAAAAACCCUUGCAAGAAGCUGCUUUAUGACAGUGUGCUGCUGACUCUGGAGUCCUACAGGUCAGACUUGAAAGCAGAGCAAGACUUGCUAAAUAAUAAGGAGGCUUACGAGAGACUGAGCCGAAGGGAGCAGCAAGCUUUGCAUGUGCGCUAUGGACAGAAAAGGAUCUUGCAUCAGUUGCUAGAGCUGAUACAGUAGAAACCUGACUCUGGAACUGCCUGGAACUGAGCUCAGAAAGAGCCCUUGGCAGUUUCUUCUACUACAGCAAGAAAAGCAAGAUUGAAUUUGGGCCCACUAGUCCCUCACCUUGCAUCUGGCUUUUUAUCUACCUCUGUAUAAAGAAAAACUUUAAGCAAUUAUUUAUGGCAGAGGAAUGUGUGUGUGUUGAGGGUGGGGGGAGUGGGAGGUUGUCAUACAGUGAGUGCUCUGGAGCACAACCAGCACAAGGAGCAGAAUCCUCCUCUAGAGGAUUUAUUAAAACUCAGAUCUCCUAAUACUUGCUUGCUGAGGACAGACACAUGCUGACAUUAUGACAAGCCUGUUCCCUCACUUAGCAUCAGUGAGGUACGGCAAGAGCUGUUCUUUGUCCAGAUGAACAGGGGCAGAAGUACAUGUUUACUCAGUAAAGUAAUAGUUACCACAUCUGACAUAUCCACCUGCUAAACUACACUCUUCCUCUGUACUCCAUUAGCAGUGUGCAGUACAGGAGUAUACCUAUACCAGUACAUCCGUCUGAUUUUCAUGUAGCAUAACAAGAGGUUUCCUUUUAUCUCUGUCAAAUGCAUAUGGUAUAUAUCUCAGGCCCAUACUGUUUAUAUAUGCUAUAUAGUAGCACUGUCACAGUUCUGCAACUGCUGUAGGUUGAGCAUUGGAUACACACCCUCCAGCUGAUGCAGUUCUUCCCUGAAAUUGGGCUUUGCUCAUCAUGUUUAGCUGUGCUAAUAUAUUCCCUUCAGCCAUUCCUGUACGACAAAACUGUAAAGGUUUACAGGCCAAGCUAUGUUUAAUAAAAACAACAGUUCUUACUCUGCCAAUGCUGUCUGCUUCAACAGGGUGCAAAGUCCCAUCUAAA